AAAAGUGCUUCACCAUUUCAACUCAAAUUUGCGGCUAACGUGUCUAAAUCUGAAAAGGAAAUGGACCCAGAAUAUGAAGAGAAAAUGAAAACAGACCGAGCUAAGAGAUUUGAGUUUCUUCUGAGGCAGACAGAACUCUUUGCACAUUUCAUUCAACCCACAGCACAAAAAUCUCCAACAUCGCCUCUGAACAUGAAGCUGGGACGACCUCGAAUAAAGAAAGAUGAAAAGCAGAGCUUACUUUCUGCUGGAGACUACCGCCACAGGCGCACCGAACAAGAAGAGGAUGAAGAGCUUCUGUCAGAGAGUAGGAAAACAUCCAGUAUGUGCGUGAGAUUUGAAGUGUCACCUUCUUAUGUGAAAGGAGGCCCGCUAAGAGAUUAUCAGAUUCGAGGACUGAACUGGUUGAUCUCUUUGUAUGAAAAUGGAGUCAAUGGUAUUUUGGCAGAUGAAAUGGGUCUUGGUAAGACUUUACAGACCAUUGCUUUGCUUGGGUACCUGAAACACUACCGAAACCUUCUGGGACCUCACCUGGUUUUGGUUCCAAAAUCUACUUUACACAACUGGAUGGAUGAAUUCAAACGGUGGCUCCCAUCGCUCCGUGUUAUUUGUUUUGUUGGAGACAAGGAUACAAGAGCGGCUUUUAUUCGUGAUGAAAUGAUGCCAGGAGAGUGGGAGGUUUGUGUUACUUCUUAUGAGAUGGUAAUUAAAGAAAAAUCUGUCUUCAAAAAGUUUCAUUGGCGAUACCUAGUCAUUGAUGAAGCUCACAGAAUAAAGAAUGAAAAAUCCAAGCUCUCAGAGAUUGUGCGUGAGUUCAAAUCGACCAACCGUUUGCUCCUAACGGGGACACCUCUGCAGAAUAACCUGCAUGAACUCUGGGCGUUGCUCAACUUCUUAUUGCCUGAAGUUUUUCAUUCAGCAGAUGAGUUUGAUUCUUGGUUUGACACUAAAAAUUGCCUUGGUGAUCAAAAACUUGUGGAAAGACUUCACGCAGUUCUAAAACCAUUUUUGUUACGUCGUAUAAAAACCGAUGUAGAGAAGAGCCUGCCUCCUAAAAAGGAAAUAAAAGUUUACUUGGGACUCAGUAAGAUGCAACGAGAAUGGUAUACAAAAAUCCUGAUGAAAGAUAUUGAUGUUUUAAAUUCGGCUGGCAAGAUGGACAAGAUGCGACUCUUAAACAUUCUGAUGCAACUCCGAAAGUGUUGCAAUCACCCCUAUCUGUUUGAUGGUGCUGAACCUGGUCCACCGUAUACCACUGAUGAGCACAUUGUCAUCAACAGUGGGAAAAUGGUCGUUCUGGAUAAACUGUUGGCCAAGCUCAAAGAACAAGGUUCCAGGGUUCUAAUUUUCAGCCAGAUGACUCGCUUACUGGACAUUUUGGAGGAUUAUUGUAUGUGGCGUAAUUACGAGUAUUGUCGACUCGAUGGACAAACCCCACAUGAAGAAAGAGAGGAUGCAAUUGAGGCCUUUAAUUCUCCUGGCAGUAGCAAAUUCAUCUUCAUGCUGAGUACCAGGGCUGGAGGUCUUGGCAUUAACUUGGCCAGUGCUGAUGUGGUUAUAAUCUACGAUUCAGACUGGAACCCACAGGUUGAUCUGCAAGCUAUGGAUCGAGCACAUCGUAUUGGUCAGAAGAAGCCAGUACGUGUAUUUCGCCUUAUCACUGACAACACUGUUGAGGAAAGGAUUGUAGAAAGAGCUGAGAUAAAACUGAGACUCGAUUCCAUUGUUAUACAACAAGGAAGACUCAUUGACCAACAGUCUAACAAACUGGCCAAAGAGGAAAUGUUACAAAUGAUACGACAUGGAGCCUCCCAUGUUUUUGCCUCUAAAGAAAGUGAGCUGACAGAGGAAAACAUCACAACUAUUCUGGAACGAGGGGAAAGGAAGACCGCAGAGAUGAAUGAACGCUUGCAGAAAAUGGGAGAGUCGUCUUUAAGAACUUUCAGAAUGGACAUGGAACAAAGUUUGUACAAAUUUGAAGGAGAAGAUUAUAGAGAAAAACAGAAGCCUGGUAUGGUGGAGUGGAUCGAACCUCCUAAACGAGAGCGCAAAGCGAACUAUGCAGUGGAUGCCUACUUUAGAGAGGCUUUACGUGUCAGUGAGCCAAAGGCCCCAAAGGCCCCACGACCGCCAAAACAACCAAAUGUUCAGGAUUUUCAAUUUUUCCCACCACGUUUAUUUGAGCUCCUGGAGAAGGAAAUUCUGUAUUAUCGGAAGACAAUAGGUUAUAAGGUCCCAAAGAAUCCUGAUCUCCCCAGUGCAACUCUGGCUCAAAGAGAGGAGCAAACAAAGAUUGAUGGUGCUGACCCGCUUACGGCAGAAGAGACUGACGAAAGGGAAAAACUUCUCACACAAGGAUUCACAAACUGGACAAAGCGAGAUUUUAACCAGUUUAUUAAGGCAAAUGAGAAGUAUGGAAGAGAUGACAUUGAUAAUAUAGCUCAAGAAGUGGAGGGCAAGUCCCCGGAGGAGGUGAUGGAAUAUUCAGCUGUGUUUUGGGAACGCUGCAAUGAACUUCAGGAUAUUGAGAAAAUCAUGGCUCAAAUUGAACGUGGAGAAGCAAGAAUUCAACGAAGGAUCAGUAUCAAGAAAGCUCUGGAUGCCAAAAUUGCAAGAUACAAGGCACCGUUUCAUCAGUUGCGUAUUCAGUAUGGAACCAGCAAAGGAAAAAACUAUACCGAGGAAGAAGACAGAUUCUUGAUUUGCAUGUUACACAAAAUGGGCUUCGAUAGAGAAAAUGUGUAUGAAGAACUAAGGCAAUGUGUGCGGAAUGCGCCUCAAUUUAGAUUUGACUGGUUUAUCAAGUCUAGAACUGCCAUGGAAUUCCAGAGACGCUGUAAUACUCUGAUUUCAUUGAUUGAGAAAGAAAACAUGGAAAUAGAGGAAAGAGAGAGAGCAGAAAAGAAGAAACGGGCAACUAAAACUCCAAUGGUAAAAUUUUCAGCAUUUUCCUAACUUUUAGACAAAGAAUAAGAACACAAGCACAUGUUUCUUGUUUGUAUGUAGAACCUAAGGUUAGGCACUUCUGAGGAGCAGGACUCAGUCUUACAAAAAAUCCCUUCUGAAUUGAAACAGAAGUGUCGUGCAAGCAAAACCCUUCAGACGGAAACAUAGCGAUACUGUGGGGCAGGGGAAAUGUGGGGGUGGUGGGAUGGGGCUGAAGUUGAAACUGGGAGUUCUGAUUGGAUCCUGCAAGUUUUCUGAUGUUUUUGUGGAACCAUGAGUGCAAAUAUGUCCUUUGAAUAAACAAUGAAGAGCUGUUUAGUAAUAAGAGAACUGUUUAACAAUACCUGGAUUGUAAUCCAGUCUGGUUGCCUUGUACAACUUACUAAUACUCUUUAAAAGAUGAUGUUACUUGAGCGUGGUUAAAGAAACCACCCUAUUUCAUCAAAUUGGAGAUGCCUUCUAUUGUAAGAAACAGCAUUAUUUUAUGUAUGCCUAAGACAAACUACUGCCAUCCAUUAUAAGAUGCAUCUUGAUUUCCAAGAUGUGAAAAUGAAAGAAAUGCGCAGCACAGAGUAUACGAGAUAUGCUCUAUGGUGUUAAUGUCUAUCAUGAGUUUUCAAAGAAGAAAUUCACUGCUAAAUAAAGCUUUGCCCAGAAAACUUUUAAGUAUGAAGUAGUUCUUUGAGAUCAGAGUGCAUUUAGAGUGCUGUGUAUAAGACACUUGAUGACUAUUUUUUGAUGGGUAUUUUGUGUCUUUUUUAAGAGAAGCAUCUUUGAAGGUUAUUUUACACUGGGUUAUAUAGUUUGUUGGGCUAUAUAGAACGUUAACUGUGAGUAUAACUUUUAAGUGAAUAUUUAUGUUAAAAAACUUUAAAAAUGCAUUUACAUCCUAGAUUUAACAUUGUUGGGCCAUUUAAAAAUGUGCAUAUUGGAGCAGAACUUUAAAUCUGUUUCCAUUUUAGUCACAGAAAGGAAAAGCAGAGUCAGCUACUGAGAGCUCUGGAAAGAAGGAUGUCAAGAAGGUGAAAUCCUAAAGCCUAGAAAUAAAGUUUAAAAUGGGAACCUGCUCUUUUCUUGUUCCCAUCUUCAAAUGCUAAUUGCCAGUUCCCGUUUGUUCAUGGUACUAUAUGAUAAAAACAGCAACAACAAAACUUCUUGGUUUUGAUUUCUUGCAUAUUUUAUAUAUUUUACAAUGCUUUCUACCUGAAAUGUGUAGCUUUAUAUUUUAAGCAUUCUAGUAUUUUUGUGUACUGUAUUUUGUGCAUUUCAUGUCUUCAUCCAAAUCCUCUCAGUCCUUGUUCUUUUGAAGCUUGUGCUGAGGUUUUAGCUUUUCUAUGUUUUAUAUGCUGCUGCUUUGAAAGAGAACCUAGAUUCUAUAGCUGUAUUAUUGUUGUUUCAUACUUUUAAAUUUAUAUGGCUGUGGAAAAACUGAAUUAAAAUGAUUUGAGGAGAAAGACUUUUCACUUCUUUGUUGCUUUCUUUUCUAUUGAGUACGGGCUUGUCUGUGUUACUGCAUACUGUGAUUAGCAUAAUAAUUGUUUCUUUGAGGUCAUCGAAAUAUUUUUUUCCUAAAGGAAUAAAGGGUGAGAAAAGGAAAAAGAAUUAAAAACCUCUAAUAUUUGAUACUGUGCUUUCUGUCAGUAUGCAUUACAUUUAAAUUAUUCUCUAAAUAUUCAAGUGGGAAAAUAUAAUAAAGAAAUGUCUAUAAGAAA